AUGAGGUUGGCUCUUGUGUUCUGUGUAUCAGCCCUUAUUUUGAAUGGUACCACAAACUCCGCCCUAGCCCAAAGGCAGCUAGGGGGACGGCAGCAACCAGGAGGAGGUAGAGACGCAGCCCGCGAACCUACCCCACCCCAAGGACAAGGACAGUCUCCAGGUCAAGCCCCAGGUCAAUCAACGCAAUCACCAGCUGCGGAAGCUUCACCAUCAUCGCCAUCACCAUCACCUUCCCCAGAAGCAGGUCAAGGAGCCUCGACUCAACCGGAAGCACCAGCACCAGACCAAGAAGGACAAGCACCUUCUGAAGAACCUUCCCCAGCGGCUGCUGCAGGUGGAGGACAAGCCGCUCCUUCAGAAGGUGGUGAGGGGUUAGGUGAGGAAGAUGGAAACGUUGGACGAGAUGCGGGGCAGAGUGUUAGUCAGGAAGCAGCAGGACAAGGAGGAAAUAGAACGGGUGGAUCUUCGACUGGUGGAAAUUCGAGAGAACAAGGAGGUACUGGCGGUUCUAGAGGAGGUGGACGAUCAGGAAGAAGCGUGUUGUACUAA